AUGGAGGCCAGACAGGAUCAGAGAACCCAGGGUAAUUCUCCACAUUUCACUGGACACAAUCUUCAAACUUUAAUUCACACAGCUGAACGUAGUGCACCUGAGUCAUGCAUGUUGUCCAAACCGGUACCCUCUGAUACCCUUCCCCACAUAGAUCCAGUGAAGGGCGAACACAAGAAAGACAUUAUAGAGGGUAGGAAGUAUUUCAACUUGGCAAAGUUGUUAUCUGCUUCAACUGAAUCUGGAGAAUACAUAAUGUCAGAAUUCUCCGCAGAGGGCGGUGAGCAGAUAUCCAUGAAGGAGGACAUUAAACUGAAGCGCCCCUUGACCUUAGGCGAAUUCAUCAAAGCCUUUGGUAUAUACAAAGCAGUGUUUUGCGAGGCUUAUCCACACCGCAGGGACGAAAUGGAUAAGUACGAGAGAUUGAUUGUGGAUAUUGCAUCACAGUACGGUGGAUCAUUGUUUUAUGAAUACCACCGCAUGUUUGCUACCAGGGCAGCAUCAUUCGUCUGCAAAGGCAUCAUAAUUGACUGGAGCAUCAUCGAUACCAGGAUCUAUACUACCGUGACAUCAGGUAGACGCACCCGAGCAUGUACCAUAUGCCAAAGUCUCACACACACAACAGAAUUUUGUUUCCUGACCAGCAAAAAGGACAGUCACUUCCAUCCCUAUCACCGGAAUCAUGAUUCUCACGGACGUCCACGCAGCAUUAUCGACGGCGACGAAAUCUGCAAUAACUUUAACGACAGGGGCUGUAAAAGAGACCCAUGCAUCUUCGCCCAUAGAUGCAUUACCUGCCGCAAGGAGGACACGGCCGACUGGAUUGCCCCAAAACUAAUAUCCGGCGAAAAGAGGAAGUGA